AUGUUGGCCAUACUGAGCUUCAAGUCUUUUCAGACCUGUGGACGGUUCAUCAAUGGUAUCGAUGAUUUGUUUACAUUUGCGGAAAAAUAUAAAUAUGAAGUCAAGAGGAAUCGUGACGAUAUUAACCGAAGGAAAAAACAAACGAAUGAUGGUUCUAUAGAAGCCGAAUGGUGUCGAGCUACGUUGGGGACACCACAGUUCAGGAAACUAGUGAAAAGAAC